AUGAAAUUCCCCCCCUUGUGCCGCAUCCCCCUCGCCCUCCUGCUACUAUGCUUGAUGUCUAGAACGAGAUGCUACGUGCAUAACGACCUCAUUAAGUUCGGGGAGGAGAAUUCAUUGAAGUGCUCCCAGGGAAGCCUCUACAUCCUGCACUGCGAAGUCAAGUGCCUGAACGACAAGAAUCGAAUCAUCCACAGAAGCUGCAUCGAUGAGGUGGAAGCCAAAUGCAUGGGAAAUAGGAAGUGCAAAUACUACUUCGAUUACGUAAUGAAGAGGAAAGCGCAUAAUUUGGGAAGCAAAAACGAAAUAGAAAUUGAAGAAUGCAUCGAAUCGGAGAAAAAUGAGAUCAAAACGUCAACAACAUGUCUCUUGAGCGAGUCCUUUCUCCUAGACGAGAACUACAUUCAGUAUUUUUUUUUUAUUAAGAAUAAAAAUGAAGAACCGAUCAGCUGUAAGGAUGGGAACUUAAACGUAAAGAGCGCAAUUUUGCACUUUCCUUUCUGUAAAAUUCACUUAAAGGACGUUACGAAUGUUUUGAAGAGACAAUGCGACAACAAUCAGGAAUGUGUAAUCAAUCCGUAUGUGUUGCAAAAGGAUGCCCUCAAUGAGAAAGACCAGUGCUACCUUAAUAACAGCUACGUAUCGCUGAAUGUUGUUUGUACAAAAGAAUCGGAGGAACAAUCUGGAGAUAGCAGCCAGAAGGAGCAGCGUGAUGAUGGCCUGGAGGAAGAAAAAGAAGGCAACUAUGACAUCGGCCUGGAUAGAAGCCAAGGCGGAGGAGUUGCAUACGAAAGUGACGAAACAGAUGCGUUCAAUAAAGACGACGAACUGAGAAAAACAAAUGAAGAAGUAGAUCUCAUAAUGAAUAGCAAUGAAAGUUUCACAAAUAAAAUCAAGAAAGCUAAGACGAUCCUUUUAUCCGAAAUGAACCAACAGACAGUGAAGAAAAAUGCCAUUUUUAAAAAAUUAGGAAAGGAACUCUCCAAAAUGAUCGUCAAUAGAUAUGACCCAUCCGAUCUGAAAGAUCUACUCGAAGACAGAUACAAUGAGAUGAGGAGGAGUCCAGAUCAAGAUCUGUAUUAUCUCUACUUAUUGGAUACUCUAGACAUUAACAUAAUGGAAGACGUUGAUAUAAGAGUUCUUCAGGACAAUCUAGGCAUUUUGCUGAAAGAACAAAUGGAGAAAUUGAAUCAUGUGGAGAAAAACAUCAAUAGGUUAAGAAAGAAAUAUCUGUCUAUAUAUAAUAAAGCAAAGAAUAAUGACAUGAAAGGAAUGUUUGAUGAGAAUGUCGAUCCAGUUUUGACUUAUGAUGACUUCGCUCAUGGGAAUGGAAUGAUUUCAGCGGAUAUUUUCUUUAAGUACAAACCGACCAUCAAGCCACUCAAGUUCAGCGAAAGCAAAGUCAGUGAUACGGAUAAAGGUGUUUCCAAAAAAAAGCAGUACAAGGAUAUACUUGAGAUGGAGACACUCGAUGACUACAAUAGGAAGAAGAGAAUCAUCGACAUGAGAAAUGGACUUGUGGAGAUCUUGAAAAAGUUGUAUUAUGAGAAAAAUGGCAUCUUUAACAAUUUAGCUAGCUGUAUCAAAUCCUACUGCUAUAAGAACCCAAUGGAUCUAAAUAUGCUCAGUGAUGUGCUCAAAAUAAAUUUCGAGAACCUCAAGGAGAAGAAGAUCAGCGACCCUGUUUCGAGAAUCGUAAGCUAUCUCGACAAGGUGGGCUCUCAGACAGACUCGCCUGUAGAUAACUCCUCCCAAGUGGGGGCCGCUGAACCAGUUGGUGGCACCCCUCGAUGGGAGAAGAACAAGCGAAUCCUGCAGAAACUGAAAGCGCUGUUACAUCUGGGCUAUCAACAGGCGUACGAUAAGGAACUUGAAAUCGACGAGAGGACAGAAAAGUACACCGCGCUGAAUGAGAAAGCAAAAGAGUACAAUCUUGAUCGGCUCUUUACCGAGAGCGAUAAGGUCUUGAAGAAGGUCGCCGUGCUCACCAGCGCGAAGGAGAGCGCCAACGAGGUAUUUGGGAACCAGGCUUCCAUCUUCGACGUAUACAAUGAGGAGGAAGUGUCCAGUGGGAAGGGUGGCGCGGACAGUCAGAAGGGGGAAGUAUCGAGCGACAAAGGCGAGGUGGCUGCUGAUCAGGAGAAGAUGAACAAAGGAAAAACACCGAAAAAGGUAGAGAGAAGCAAUCUUGAUGAGCAGGAGGACAACGAAAAUGACAAGAAUUACCCCGACGAAGGAUACGAGAGCGGCAAAGAGAACGGAAAUAACACGGUAGAAAAGGAGAACAACGUGGGAAAUGUAGAAUCUGUUGAAGAGAAGGGGGAGAAACAGAAGGACGGAGAAAGUGAAGAUGCCGACGGUGUAAAUGCGGGAAGUAACAAAGAAAGUGACAGUGAUGAAGUUGAUCAAGAUGGAGGCUUCGAUGACGCGGGAAGCACCGAUGGAAGUGAUCAUGAGAAUGACCAAAGCCACAAGGAGGACGACGGUUUGUUGGAAGGGGACCUCCAGAAGGACAAGAAGGAGGAAGCAGCAGAGGGGGAACUUGCACCAAAGGAGGAAGCAGCAAAGGGGGAACUUGCACCAAAGGAGGAAGCAGCAGAGGGGGAGGUUCCACCAAAGGAUGACACCUCAGAUAGGGGCUCCACAGAUUCGACCGCUGCCGAUGAAGCCGCCACUGAUACCGCCACUGGAGAAGUGGCCCAGCCUGCGGAGACGGACCAGAAUGAUGUCCCAAUCACAGGCGAAGAGAGCAACGGUGCAGAGGAUGCGGCCAAGGAAAACAGAGACGAAGCCCAGGCGACGGACCAACCCACGGAAGAGGCAGUGGUGAAAGGUGACUCGGAUGAAGGGGAAUCGGAUCCGAAGACAAAGAAGAACGGUGAUGAGGGCGGGUCCAUCUUCCAGGGCAUGAGCAGAAUCCUUCUAGCCGUUUUGGCCAUCCUCUCCCUGAAGUUCUUCCUUUAA